CGAAAUCGUCUGCCCAUCCCUGCCGACCAAGAUUGCGAUGACGAACGGGCAACGAAAGCAGCAGCAGCGGGGCAAGCCGCCGGCCAAGACCCGACGGGGCCGCGGGCCCACGGGCAAGGAGCCGUUCGAGGAGGCCGUCGCGCUUCUCCGUCGCUCCGCGACGCACUCGCCGGCGCCAUGGGCCAUGUUUGAGAUCCCGCAUCCCAUCGAGCCGCUCUUACACGUCGACACGAUGGACGAGUGGCUCGGCUGGCCGCUCUGCAAGCCCCAGGCGCACCACGUUAUGGACGCGUACAAGUCGUCGCACGGCGUCGCGAUCGUACCGGCGGCGCACCUCACGAUCGAGAGCGACGACUGGCGCGAGGCCAUGGACACGGUCGUGCGCCAGCACAUUACGGACGCCUUCUUGUCGGAAGGCGCGUUUUCGCUGCAGCUGUCGCACUUUGUGCUCGAUUUCAAGGGCUCGGCGUCGAGCUUGGUGCCAGCGACGCGCCCGGCCCGGAGCGUCGGGACGGUCUGCCUCCAUCUCUCGUCCAUGUACACGGGCGGCGAGGUGACGCUCACGAGUGGUGGCGGCCUCACGCGCGCGUGGGAGCUGAAGCGGUUUCUCACGCGACUGCAGUGCCUCGUGCUGUCGCCGUCGACGACGAUCUCGAUCGACCCGAUCACGUACGGCCAGCGCGCGAUUCUGGUCUACCACCUCGUCGACGAGUCGCCGUCAACGUACUUUGACGACGCGGUCGCCAAGCUCACGGUGGCCUCGCGUGUGCGCCACCCCGUGUUUAGCGUCGGCGGUAUCCGGCUCGCGUCGCCCAACCCAACGCUGGCCCGGGACAAGCUGGCGCCGGUCGAUCUCGACUUUGCGCGGGCACUCCUAGCGUCCAACGCCUACGACGUCGUGAUCGCCGAGCACAAGGAGAACUUUGAUCUCUUUGGCGUUGGCGGCACGGGCUACUCGCCCGAGCUUCUCCGCGUCCAGGCGCUGCGGGAGCUACCGGAUGUAAUCGCCGACAACCUCACCAACGUGUCUGUCCAAGCGUACCUCUUUGACAAGAAGGCCGACCCGCGCAAAAUUGGUUUCUCGGGGCCCCAGUACUCGCUCGUGUUUUGGCCCAAGGCGGCCCGCGCCCUCGUUGCGAAGCUCUCGACCGCCGUGAGCAUGCUUGUCAAUGCGAUGGCGGCCACGCGCAAGCCGUCGAGUGACGCGCUCCUCGGGCAGCCGUCAAUCGCUGCGCUCGUCGAAACGCUGGUGCCGCGCUUUGGCAAAGUGUCGGAGAUCGACGAGCCCGAGUUUGCGCACAGCCUGCACACGUACUGUGACGCGCUCAUUGCGCUGCGCCGGCUUGGCACCGCCUCGCGGCUUCUCGGCGCGGUCUUGCGCGUCGGCACGGCGGAGCGCACGUUCCUUGAACUUUCGCCGUGCAUCGCCAAGCUCGUGCAAGGGUUUGGCUGGGAGCCGCUGUUUGCGCCAAUGAAUGCGCUGCUGGACCGCUGGUCCAAGUCGCUGCGCGGCGUCGGGCUCUGCCACGGUCUCGUCGCGAGCUUGGCCGGCGCGGCCGAGUCGCCGCUCUGCGCGACCAUCGAGCAGCCGUUUGCGGUCGAGUGGAUCGUAGCCAUGUGGUCGCGCCUCUCGACGCUCGUCGACGACCUUGUCGCGUCCGACAAGCUCUACGACGACGCCACGCUGCCCUGCAUCGUGUUUCAGUACAACUUGUUGUUGCACAUGUACUUGGUGGAGCCAGCGCGCCAUCUCUCGCAGCGCUGGCUGUACAACCGCCUCCCGGACGGCGUCGUGACCAAGAUUGGCUCCUUCCUCGGACCGGUCCCGACGUUGAACGACCUCGACCAGAAUGGCGUCUUUGUGCCAGUGCCCGACAUGUCGCCGGGUCUCGCAGCGGCACUGCGCCUGCACCAAACCGUCGACACGACGUAUCUGCACCGCGUUGUCGACGACUACAUGGCCGGCGAGUUUGGCGACUACGACGACGACCGCGAUUUCAACCAAGAGCUCGCAACGAGUCUUCUGGCCGUCGCGGCGGCCGCCGGACGGUUCACCGACGUCCUGAACCGGCUUAUCGCGGGGUGGCGCCUCGCGCUCGCCGUGCCAAUGACCGCAUUUCUUGGUGCGUGGCCGGCACUCGCCACCGCCGACGUUCAGCGCGCGUGUGCGUCGGCGCUCUUGCGCAUCGCGGACGAGCUCCGGCCCGACGAUUUCGCGCCGCCCAUGUUUGACUUUCACAUGUUACUGCAAGACCCGGCGACCGACAACGAGCGCAGUCCCGUCGUGAGCCAAGUCGUGGCGACGUUUGCGUUUUUUGCGACCUACGACCGCGCGGACCUCGUCGCAAUUCAAACCAAGUGGAUCGCUGCGGUCGUGCGCACUGCCGACGCCGUCCGAACGACGUUUUGUGACGUGAUCGAGGCGGUCCACGAGCGGCUGCCGACGGAGCACGCGCUCGUCGCGCACCUCGCGCGCGCCUACUUGGAGGCGACGGCGGCCGCCGACCACGACGCGACCCAGCAACUCACCGACUAUGCGUUGCUCCACAUUGAGGUACCGGCGUGCUGCGAGCUCUCGAUUGACUUUGCCGAGUUUUUGCACGACCCAAUCCGCGACGAGUUUCGCGUCAACGACAUUCAGGCGUGCGACAAGAUUGGCCCGAUUGUCGCUGGUCACCCGCUGCAGUUGCGGGUCCACGAACGCACAAUGACGCGCGACGACGACAUGCUCUGGGGUGAUGACGACGAGUACGACGACGAGUACGACGACGACCAAAUCGUGGUGAACGUCGUGACCAAGGUGCGCCAGCCGGGCCAAGUCCCAGUGGACGUUCUCCGCAGCCACUUGCGACGCCGGCGCGACUACGACAAGACACUGGCGCGGUCGCGACGAGUGGCCGACAUCUUGCAGGAGGUUACCGAGGACAUCUUGCAGGAGGUCACCGAAAGCGACGACGGCGAGUAGGUGCCCGACAUCGAGAGCAAAUUAACCAUAAACAUAUCAAGUUGGACUUCGGUCUACACGAGUGAUGCAAACCAAGCGUACAUAGUUGAGUUGAUGACCUCUGGAUUCCAACAAACACGAAAAGGUGAAAAUUCACAAAUGAAUUUUGU